AUGUUAUAUAAAACAACUGAAGAGAAAUCUACGGAAUACAAUUCGAACGUUGAUCAAGAAAAUGAAAACCAAGGUGAAAUCAUUGUUUCACGAAGUAGCAGUCAAGCAAUUCAACAUCCAUUGCCGGAUAAGCGUGAAGCAUUGCGUUUAAACAAUUUACCACCGACGACAUUAUGUGCCUAUGUGAAUCACAAAGUGACAUUGUGCAAACCAAUAACACGUUCGAAAGCGGUCACAUGCGCACCAAUAACAUUUAAUCGUGCAACACAAACGUUGCUAGAUGAUGAGACACGACCGAUCAGUUUAUUACCAAUACCUGUUGGACUAGUUACACCAUUACCGUUAGCUUUAGGUACGACCGAUUGUCCGGUGCCCGUACCGAUACCUAUACCAGUUCCAUUGCCAUUAUUUUUUGUUGUUAAUGAUCAAAAGUUUCAAGACUAUGGAGCAUAUCUACAAAAAUUGAAAGAAGUUCUACCAACAAAUGAUGACGAUCUACAAAUGUUAGCUUAUGCGCAAUCACUUUUUCCUAACGAUGAUUUACUUGGUCUAGGAAAGUUUAAUCCCAAGAGUUCGUUGUUAGAUGAAGUUGAAAAUGAUGAUCUGCACCUUGUAAGUCGUCCAUCGGAUGAACCACAUCAAACUGAACAAGAAUUGACAACAGGAGACAAUGUUUCGAACAGAUUAGUAUUUGAUUUCGAAGAUUUUGAUCUUUCAACCGUUGCUCUGACAGGUGGAGAACAAAGUCUAAAUACAACCAAUGGAAAUUCUUCGGAAAAAAUUGAGUAUUUGAUGAAACAGGAAGAUGCUAAGUACAUUCUGAAAUGGCAUUUUGGUGUUAAACUUUUUCGUGCAUGGAUUGAAGGUAAAAACGAUCCAAUCAGACAACAAACACUUCAACAAUAUCCUCGCUCACGAAAUGGCACGUCAAAUGAUGCGGAAAAUCGUUUAUCCAAACGUCUCUACCGUUCGGAUCCAUUGCUAUAUCGAGCCGAUGAAUUGAAUAGUGCACUUUGCUUAUUUUUGAAAGAAACGCGUGAUUUGUAUGAUGGUGAUUCCAUCUACUAUCUCUGCUUGGGUAUUCAACAUUAUUUACGUGAGAAUCGGCCACUAUCAUCUCAAUCCACACGUCGUCCCAACGAGAGACAUUUAUAUCGUACUGAAUCGCUAUUUUUUGAUUCAACAUUCGCCCAAUUUCAAUCUAAACUUCAUUCUAUAUUGGCUCGCUUCUGUCACCAUCGUGAUCCGUCACGGCCCCUCUCAAUGCGUGGAGCAACAUCGUCCAAUCUCGACGAUCGGCCAUCACGUAUCGAAGAGGAAUUACUAUGGGAAGCAAAACAAUUAGGUGCACAUACACCAUGGGUUUUAUUAAAUACAAUUUUAUAUUUCAAUACAAAAUAUUUCUUUCUUAAAACGGUUAACGAACAUCAAGUUCUUUCAUUUUCCAAUGUACGACGACAUUACAAACGAAAUGUUGGACCACAUGGCGAAGAAUAUGGCAAAUCGGUUUAUUUAAGAUAUUACCCACCAUCGACAACUAUUCAUGGUAUGGAAGAACAACAAUUAAUCUACGAACAAGCCGAGAAUUAUGAUGAUCCACUUCGCUGUCCAGUGAAAUUAUUUGAAUUUUAUCUCACCAAAUGUCCUGAAAGUGUCAAGUGUCGGUCCGAUGUUCUCUAUCUUUUGCCAGAAGCGACUUGUGUACCGGAAUCACCACUUUGGUUUUCAUCUCAACCAUUACCAACAACAACAAUGGAACAUAUGUUAACGAGAAUAAAAACCGUUCGUGAUGUCAACGAUAUUCAUCUAUCAAUGAGUCAAACAUCAUUUGAUAAUACCAAUCAAGGACGAUCUUAG